UUACUAAACAUGGCGGUGUGUGGAGAGGCCGCCGUGGUGUUUUGGUUUUUAUUUUCGUCAAUUCUUCCACUAAUAGCCGAUUUACCUUUCCGAAAUACUUCGUUAAGCUGGGAGGAUCGCGUGAACGAUCUGGUGGAUCGAUUGAGCAUCGAUGAGUUAACGUUGCAGAUGGCUAGCGGUGGAAGGGAAUCUUCGGGUCAGGCGCCUGGAAUCCCUCGCCUGGGUAUUCACCCGUACAUGUGGACACAGGAGUGCCUGCACGGUGUGGUGCAUGCUAGAAGGUCCACGUCGUUCCCACAGUCUCUCGGACUAGCUGCUGCAUUCAGUCCCGAACUCAUUUACAAUGUGUCUAGAGCAAUAGGCAUGGAAGUACGGGCUAUUCACAAUAACCACACCAAGUAUGGUCAGUAUGGAGAUGACUCUGGACUGUCCUGCUUCAGCCCAGUUGUGAAUAUCAUGAGACAUCCAUUGUGGGGAAGAAAUCAAGAAACCUAUGGAGAGGAUCCUUACUUGACCAGUGUUUAUACUGACCAUUAUGUCCGUGGCCUACAGGGUGACCACCCCAGAUAUGUCCUGGCCAGUGCUGGGUGCAAACAUUUUGAUGCUUAUUCUGGACCAGAAAACUCUUCUUUAUAUGAUUCUGAGAUAUCAGAGCGUGACUGGCACCUCACCUACCUUCCUGCUUUCAAGCAGUGUGUGAAGUCUGGCAGCCUGGGCUUCAUGUGCAGUUACAAUAAAGUCAAUGGAAUCCCUUCAUGUGUCAAUAGUAAAAUGCUUGAUAACAUACUGAGGCAGCAGUGGGGUUACAAAGGGUACGUCAUCAGUGAUAUGGGUGCACUGGAAUUCAUCAUCUCUGUCUUCAGCUAUUACAACAACACCGUGGACACUGCUUCAGCAAGCGUUAUGGCAGGGACAAACCUGGAGUUGCCUCACCGCUUGGCUCAAGAUGGCGUGUUCAUGUCUAUUCCUAAAGCAGUCAGUGCCGGAAAACUGACAUUUGAUAUAGUGAAAGAAAAAGCAAAGCCCCUCUUCUAUACUAGGAUGAGACUGGGAGAGUUUGACCCUCCUGAAUUGAAUCCAUACAGUAAAGUUGAUAUCUCUGUAGUUCAGAGUUUGGCACACAGAGAACUGGCAGUGCAGGCAGCAGUGAAGAGUUUUGUGCUGCUCAAAAAUACAGAUAAAUUUCUGCCAUUUCAAAGGACAUUUGAAUCCAUAGCUGUUAUUGGGCCUAUGGCAAAUAACACUGACCAAUUAUUUGGAGACUAUUCUGGGAAUAUCGACACUUCUGUAGCACUGAACCCCCUACAAGCAUUGAGGACCAAAGCUCUGUACACAAAAUUUACAGCUGGUUGCAAAGACACCGGAUGCGAAGAAUACAACAAUGAGACAAUUUUAGAGACUGUAUCCAAAACACAAAUUAUAUUUCUUUGUUUAGGGACAGGUACUAUGGUAGAAACAGAGGGCAAGGACCGCACAGACCUUCAGCUUCCUGGAAAUCAGCCUCAGCUUUUGAAAGAUGUCAUGCAAGCAGCUAAUGGCAUUCCAAUUGUCCUGCUCUUAUUCAAUGCGGGACCACUAGAAAUUUCUGCAGCGAGUCUCAAUGACAGAGUGCCAGUUAUCCUGGAGUGUUUCUUCCCUGGGCAGGCCACAGGAGAGGCUCUCAGACGGGUGCUGUGGUUGGAGGAUCCCAAGGCCAAUCCUGCUGGCAGGCUGCCUAACUCAUGGCCAACAUAUUUAAGCCAGGUUCCCUCAAUCUACAAUUACAGCAUGGCAGGUAGAACAUAUAGAUACUUUGAGGGAUCUUUACAGUACCCAUUUGGCUAUGGGUUAUCCUAUACCACCUUUAGCUAUACUGCAAUAGAUGUAUGGCCACAGACUGUUCUAGCAGGGGGCAGUGUAUCAGUCACAGUUGGGCUGACCAACACAGGAAUGUAUGAUGGAGAUGAGGUUAUUCAGCUAUAUAUAUCCUGGCCAGAUACAAAGGAGAAAAUGCCCAGGGUCCAACUAGUAGGAUUCAAGAGAAUAUUUAUAAAAAGUCUACAAGAAAUUAAGUACAAAUUUACAAUAACAGCUGAUGAAAUGGCUGUGUGGAAUGAAACAUUUGGAUUUCUUGUUGAACCAGGAAUUAUCCAGGUGUAUGCAGGAGGACAGCAGCCAAUGCAAAGUAGUGCAUCCAACAAUAUCCUCAGUGCUAGUUUCAAGGUUGUGAAGUGAAUCUUCUGAAUUUCAGUCCAUGAAAGCAGAUGAGGUAUGUGUCACGUGCCAACAAGUAACAUUUUUCUGGAUGGACUUCAGUGUCCUUUUGCUGAGGAGUAUAUCCAGUUGCUAGGAAAGAUGGAGUGAAUUUCAGAUUUAAACAUAAUAUCAAUAACUACUCACAAUGGAGCAUGGGAAUUUUAUUUUUUAUAACUACAUGAUUUUGCCUGUAGCUUGAAACACCCAAUUCGACUCAAUAUCUUCUCUAACUUCUCUAUGUCCAACAAUAGGAGUCCUAAAAUGCAUCGACAGAAUACAGCUUUUUAGAGUCUGCAGUCUCACAGGAAAGGUAAUAGAGCCCCCCCCCCCCUUUGCCCCUGCAAAUGUGAUCAAGGAAUACAAUUCUUUAUGCAUAUAUAUAAAUGGCAUGGUGCUUAUGUAUUAAAUUGGUGCUUUUGAAGGAUUGUGCAGGCCUGACUGCUUCAUAAUUUAUGUGCAGUACAAAAAAAACAA